UUCGUCAUCAUUUGUAAGAACACCUUCUUAACAUAUGUAGCUCUGUAUCGAAGCUCCAGAAUAAGUUUAGUGGUGGACAGGAGAACAUCGGUGUUCUAACUAUAUACUACACAAGGACACGUGGACAGAAUUAUCAACCAUGGCGGUAAACCAUCACAAUCGUCAGUUCCAUAACUUUUUGAAGAACAACGCACAUCCGUAUUUUUCAAAAACGGAUCGGACGUCUAAGAGUGCUGCUAAUGCACCCGAGUCCAGCGUAUUACAGGGUUUAAGUCGACUCCUGAUGGGGUGUCGGUCCCUGUACGCAACCUCUGCCGGUUACUACUCACCUACGAACUGUCAUACUUUUAAAGCUAAAACGGAACCUACAUCACAACAUAAUAAUGAAAUGUGGGUAUUUCGGAUGUCAAUGCAAGGAUUUAAAUCAGAAAACGUGAAAAUUUCAGUCCGAGAAAAUACGGUCUUAGUACAGGCAAAAUUUGAUCAGGAUCUGGAGAAAGAGGGAAGUGAUCGGGUUUACGGUAUGACCAGAAAUAUUGCUAUUCCGGACUCAGUGGUCAGGGAAAAAGUUGUGGGCUACUUAGACGAACAGCAGGUGCUUGUUAUAGAAGCCCCUUAUAAGGACAGGAAGGGUCAGAAGGACCAAGUAGUUCCAGGACUUCGUAGGACGUCCAGCAGUGAUUUGGACGACGAUGAACUGUUUAAUCGUCCAAACUUCGUUUUCAAUCAGGAAUGUGAGGUCCCUAAACAACAGCUCCCUCUUGACCAGGACCGCCUGUCAGAAAGCAGCAAUGAUCCCUUCAGUAUCAUAGGAGGUAACGAAUCAUGUAAAAACUGUAAGAGUAACGAAAACGUGGAGUCGGCGAACAGCACACAGGGCAGCUUCCGCCUCACCAUCAACAUGCAGAACGUGCCAUCGAAAUACAUCCAAGUGUCUACGAAAGGACGUAAACUUAUAGUUCGGUGUAAUAUCCAGCGACACUUAUCGGGACUUAGCUUAAAGGAGUCUUACUCCACCGAGUACGCCCUACCCUCCAAUGUAGAUAUCGAAGGGGUGAAAUGUGUCAGGUCCGACCAGGGAAUUCUCACCGUGACCGCGCCCUGUUUGAGUACAAAGGAAAGGCGGAUAGAGAUUAUAGAGAACUGUUGUUGACGGAACUGUCUGUGGUAUGUGUUAGGUGUGUGUGGUUGGUACUGUCUGUGGUAUGUGUUAGGUGUGUGUGGUUGGUGUGUGUGGUAUAAGGGUCAUAUGGGGUUUUUUUUGGUUCACUCGGUAACAUUUCGUGCAGUGAACAGCAUAUCGAAUCAGUGACGUAAAUGGUAUUAUUUAUAGUUGUUUGACCGAUGUGUCGUGUAGGGAGUCCGUGUGAGAUAUGAUUAGUAAUGUUAUUUGAUGGUACUCGGGUAUUUAGUAGUAUUAUAGGUGUGAGCGUGUGACGAUGAUAUCGUAAUACAUGUCCGGACACUUGUCUGGUCAACACACUGUCUGACCACGUGUCUGAUCCGGAGUACACUUGUCUGAUCACGUGUCUGACCAGUACACGUAUCCGACAAUUACACGUGUCUGACCAAUACACGUGUCUGACCAGUACAAUUGUCCGACCAGUACUCUUUUCAGACCAUGUGUCUGACCAGUAUAAUUAUCCGACCAGUACUCUUGCCAGACCAUGUGUCUGACCAGUAUAAUUAUCCGACCUGUACUCUUUUCAGACCAUGUGUCUGACCAGUAUAAUUAUCCGACCAGUACUCUUGCCAGACCAUAUGUGUCUGAUCAACAUAUUGUUAUAUAUUUGUUAUUGUUAUAAGUUAUAAUGUUGAUUAUACCUAUGUUAAGUGUUGCUGUAUUUUGUUCCGUUAGUACGUACAUUUUUACUUACACUUAUUUAUCAGGUCAGUAUAAACCAGUCGAACUUGACUAUAUAGGUCGCCUUAAUGUAGAAAAAACCUGUCGUUAAAGACCAUCUAGGUAUAUUAACCUCUGUAUAAAGGCCACAUGUCGAUUUUUUCCACUGAGUGGCCUUUUAGCCAGGUUUGACUGUAUAUCAUAGUUGAUGUGGAAGCAUUUUAUAGAUAUGUACCAUUGUUAAAUGUUAAGUUUGUUAGAUUUUAUUCAACGGUCAGCAUUUUAUGAUAUAUUUAUUUUCCUAUAAUUGAAUGAACUGAUAUUGAUUUAUAUAGCUUGUGUGAAACGUAAUAGUUCAAACACAAUUAAUGUGCUACCAAUAAUGCUGUUUAUGUUUGACUAGACUAACGCUAGGGUUCGACUCCUGGACCUCUGGUUGACUAGACUAACGCUAAUGGUCGACUCCUGGACCUCUGAUUGACUAGACUAACGCUAGGGUUCGACUCCUGGACCUCUGGUUGACUAGACUAACGCUAAUGGUCGACACCUGGACCUCUGAUUGACUAGACUAACGCUAGGGUUCGACUCCUGGACCUCUGGUUGACUAGACUAACGCUAGGGUUCGACUCCUGGACCUCUGGUUGACUAGACUAACGCUAGGGUUCGACUCCUGGACCUCUGGUUGACUAGACUAACGCUAGGGGUCGACUCCUGGACCUCUGGUUGACUAGACUAACGAUAGGGUUCGACUCCUGGACCUCUGGUUGACUAGACUAACGCUAGGGGUCGACUCCUGGACCUCUGGUUGACUAGACUAACGCUAGGGUUCGACUCCUGGACCUCUGGUUGACUAGACUAACGCUAGGGGUCGACUCCUGGACCUCUGGUUGACUAGACUAACGCUAGGGUUCGACUCCUGGAUCUCUGAUUGACUAGAAUACCCUCUGCUGAAUCGGCUACUUGUCACCAUGGUUACAGGAAUGGUGCUAGGCGUCGCUAAGAUAAAGUGCGUACUGCCAUGAUGAGGUAUACGUAGGCCGAUGAUAGGAAUCGUUGACAAUGUGAGGUCAUGUGAGGUCAUGUGAGAUCCUGUGAGGUCAUGUGAGGUCAUGUGAGAUCGUGUGAGAUCGUGUGAGAUCGUGUGAGGUCAUGUGAUGUUGAGAUAUUGUGUAUUUUUCGUCCAGCAAUAAGCUACUGAUAGUGGCCGCAAUAGUCCCGCUAGUGUCGGUCUUUUUUGACAUUGGACACGGAUUAGGAUGAUAUGACCUUUUUGUCACAUGUUGUAUACAUAUAUUUUUCUGUUCAUGUUGUGAAAUAAAAAAUACUUCAAAUAGUU